GCGGCGGAUAUUCUUCGGCUUCUUUAGGCCAUUUAGCCAACGGUGCGACACGAAGAUGUAGCACGGCAACAUUUACCGUUUCACCUGCACAGCAUGCGGCGAGAGUUUCCAAAUAUACAGCACAUUGUCAAAUACGGACUUCCAUGGGCUCCGGGCCAAGAAGGAUCUGUGUCCAUGUCCGUCACAAGAAUUGUGAUUCGAACCUACGCACGGGCAUUGACCGCAUUGGCGAUGGCGUCCUCCAUCUCACACAUUGAAGCAACUGGGAAGGUGAGUGUCGCAGUGACAACUGCACUCUCUCGAAAUCGUCUUGUAGGAACUCGGAAACCCGGACUUCACCUGUAUAGACUCGAAUCUACUGAUAAUCGGCGCUCCCAACCUCGUUCAAGAUGCGCUUCCAUGCAGCGUUGCCCGUGCUACUCGCCAUCUCACCCUCUCUAGCCAUCCCUCCACCGGACUUUGGCUUCCCUGAAGCACCAAACGACACGGCCCUCUCGAUCACCUACCAGAACCAUGGCGAUCCCAUCCUUGUCACAGAAGCGGAACUAUUUGGGGUUGGGAUUACUUCCGAACAGCCUACGGUUGCUGUCGAGACCUCCAGGUUUCAAUCGAUUUCCAGCUACAAUGGAUCAUACGUCCUGCUCAUGGUUGAUCCCGACGCAAGAUAUCCUCAAGAUCCCACUUCUCGAUUCAUUCUACACUGGCUGCAAACCGAUAUGACACCGGAUGCGCAGGCUCCGGAUGGAACCAGCCAACUCAUUAAUUCCACCCAACCACGAGCACCCUACCGAAAUCCUUCUCCUCCAACAAACUCCUCUGCCCACCGAUACAUUCUCUAUGCUUUCUUUCAGCAUGAAAACUUCACGUUCCCCCCUGCUUUCGAGGGUUACAAUGCUACAAAUAGGACCAAUUUCAAUUUAACAUUGUUUCUGGAUGAGUCAAAGUUGGGUCGAACACCAGCCGCUGCCAUGUAUUUCUUCGUUAGCAAUGAGACUCAGGUUCCUCAAGACUUUACUGCAGCGGCAGGUGGCACGUAUCCAGGCGGAAACGGAGACAUGAUAACAGCGGGUCCGGGUCCCAGCAUCACACCUACCACGACACCUGCCAGUGCCGGACCCUCCACCAUUGCAACAGGCUCCGGCAGCUCUGAAUCAAGUAGCGCUUCUGGGACUGCUACCUCUACCGCCACGGGAUCUGCUUCCUCAGCCUCUGCCACGGGCAGUGCUUCUCACAAGAUAGUUGGUCUGGGCGUGCUCUUGGUGGCAUGCUCCAUGGCUCUGUUGAACGGGGUGUGAAAGAAACAAGCCGAGAUAGGGGUUCUUCAAAAAGGGUCAUGCAUACAGUUGAAGUUCUGGAUGCAGUCGUAGCACGGUCCCCUUUGAGGUCCAUGGCGAUUGACAAUUCACAUUCUUCCUGUGUCCGGCUCUCGAAUACUAUAUAAAAUGCUCCUGGAAUCUUCAAAACCAUUUCUUUACCGAA